UGCCAUUUUGCGGAGACUGGGCCGCUGUCUUCACUUCAUCUGCACCUGCACCUGCACUUGCCCGCCGCGCGUGUUGUUGAUGCGCGACCGUUGCCGGCCCCGGCCCCCGCCAUGUCGCGUUGUUGUGAGCACAAAGCUCCGCUGGCCAGUCGCGCCUUGACUUGACUUGGCUCUUCCGCCAAUCCACCAACUCCGACUCCGACAUCACCACCACCAACCACAUCCUCCACCACCACAACGCGGUGGCUCCAUCCACAGACAAGAACACCAUGGCGCCACGUGCAACCUUCCCAGACAACCCGGACGCCUUCGCCGGCGACCCGCGCAUUUCUUGGUCCAAAGAAAAGGGCACCUACAUUCUCGAGGACGAGAAUGAGGUCGAAUGGGAAUGGCUCGCUCGUGUCAACAAGUGGUCCGAGACGAUUGACGAAGAUGCAAUGAGGCGCCAAGCCGAGAUCUACAUGGUGCCGGGGGUCGAUGAGAACGCUCCAGGUGUCGACCCAGUCAAGAAGAGAAAGGCUGCUCAGGAUCAGUCAGAGUCAAACAAGAAGGCCAAGGCCGGUCCUGCUGUCGGCGACGCCACCACCAAUGCCAUUGCCAAUGCCAGCGCCUCUGCCGGAUCCAAUGCCAACGCCGCCUCCUCUGCCGCUGUGAACGACAAUGCCGAUGCCGCCGCCACCGCCGCGCCAGCCGCUGCUCCGUCGAAGCCAUCGACGGCCAUCUUCGUGUCGGGCCUGCCACUGGAUACUGACGACGGUGAAGUUAGGGACUGUUUCUGCAAGUUCGGUAUCAUCCAGGAGAGCGUCGACGGCAAUAAACAACGCAUCAAGCUGUAUCGCGACGAGCACGGCGACCUGACAGGCGAGGCGCUAGUCAUAUUCCUCAAGCCCGAGAGCGUCCGCAUCGCCAUCGACAUGCAGGAUGGCUUUGAGUUUCCCCGCGACUUCGGUCUUCCGACAGGACCCAUCAGUGUCCAAGUGGCUGAUCACAGCUAUAAGAAGACAAAUGACGACACUGCUGCCCCGAGCAAGAGCUCGACCAAGAAGUCCAAGCCAUCGAAGGCGCAGACAAAGAAGAAAGCCGAAGAGAUGAACAGUCGGUUGAAUGACUGGUCUGACGACGACCUCGGCACUGUUCAGCAGCCUGCACGCCGCAGCGACAAGAUUGCUGUCUUGAAGGGUGUUUUUCUGCGCAAGGAGCUGGAGGAAGAUCCCGAGCUGCUGUCCGAACUCAUGGAGGAUAUGCAGGAGGAUGCGGUCAAUUACGGUGUCGUCAAGAACAUCACCAUCUUCGAUCUCGAGGAGGAUGGCAUCGUCACGAUUCGUUUCGCAAGCGUUGAUGCUGCUCGUGCCUGCGUGGCAAAGAACAACGGCAGGAUCUUUGACGGACGCAGACUGGUGGCUUCCAUCGCAACGGGUGACGAGAAGUUCCAGAAGUCACGCAAGGCGGACAAAGACAAGGAUGCCGAGGAGGCUAAGCGUCUCGAAGAGUACAGCAAGUACAUUGAGGGAAAGAACGGCGGUCAAGACGGAGGCGCAAACUCAUAGGUUGAACAUUCUCAGACGCUUUGCCGCACUUCGUAUAGGGUUGAGCGUGGCGUUCAGGAUUGCACUGCAUGGAAAUCACACCACAUCGCGACACACAAUGGCGCGAACUAUAGCAUGAAAUGAGAGCGA